GGAAGGGCGGAAGGGAAGGGAGCUGGAGGUGUAGACGCAACUCUCGCGAGGAGUCUAGCGCAUCCCUUAGAGAGGGGCGGAGGCGCCGCAGAGGUGCACCACGUGGGGCUCCGCCAGCUCGGAAUCAAUCCGUGUCGCUUAGCCGGGCUCCGGGUUGGAUUUGGAAUCGUGGAGAUGCGGGAGGAAGCCCCAGCCCCACUGGUGCCGCCCGCGGAUGGUUCCCUUCUGCUCGGGGCCUCCAGUCUGAGUGGUCGCUGCUGGGCCGGCUCUCUCUGGUUUUUCAAGGAUCCGAAUGCGGCCCCCAACGAAGGCUUCUGCUCUGCGGGCGUCCAGACCGAAGCCGGAGUAGCUGACCUCACUUGGGUGGGGGACAAAGGUAUCCUAGUGGCUUCUGACUCAGGUGCUGUUGAAUUGUGGGAGCUAGAUGAGAAUGAGACACUUAUUGUCAGCAAGUUCUGCAAGUAUGAGCAUGAUGACAUUGUGUCUACUGUCACUGUCCUGAGCUCUGGCACACAAGCUGUCAGUGGUAGCAAAGACUUCUGCAUCAAAAUUUGGGACCUGACUCAGCAGAUGUCAUUGAAUUCAUACCGAGCUCAUUCAGGACAGGUCACCUGUGUUGCUGCCUCUCCCCACAAAGACUCUGUGUUUCUUUCAUGCAGUGAGGACAGUAGGAUUUUGCUCUGGGAUACCCGCUGUCCUAAGCCAGCAUCACAGAUGGGCUGCAGUGCUUCUGGCUACCUUCCUACCUCCCUGGCUUGGCAUCCUCAGCAGAGUGAUGUCUUUGUCUUUGGUGAUGAGAAUGGAUCUGUCUCCCUUGUGGACACCAAGAAUGCAAGCAGUACCCUCAGCUCAGCUGUGCACUCCCAGUGUGUCACUAGGCUGGUAUUCUCUCCACACAGUGCUCCCUUUCUGGCCUCUCUCAGUGAAGACUGCUCAAUUGCUGUGCUGGAUUCAAGCCUUUCUGAGGUGUUUAGAAGUCGAGCCCACAGAGACUUCGUGAGAGAUGCUACGUGGUCUCCACUUAACCACUCCCUCCUUACCACAGUUGGCUGGGACCAUCAAGUCAUCCACCAUGUUGUGCCCAUUGAGCCUCUCCCAGCCCCUGGACCUGAGAAUGCCUCCGUAUUGUGAGAGCACAGGAAGGAGCCUUGUAGAGCAUGUUACUCCCUAGUCCCGUGCAAUAAACAGGCAGACUCUCAGCCUGAGGGAGGCUGCAGCCCAUAGUGUCUAGGAGGGAAAACUUCCUUUAUAUAAAUGGGUAUAUGUGUUCGAGAGAGCACAUGUGUGUGAGUGUAUUAAGUAGUUUGGGGUGGGGAAAAUUAUUCUUCAGCUUUCCCAAAGCACUGCUCUUUAUUUCCCACAAAGUGAGAACAGUUUUAUGCUUCCCAAGUCCAAGAAUUGGAUAUGUUGUCUGGGAUAUGGAAUGUGAGUAUCCCUAGAUUUGUGGGAGUGGUUCCACCACUCAGAGAUGGGGUAACUUAUUUUUAUAUAGAGUUUAAUUCAUUAUGGGGAAUACUUCAGUCCAUAAAAGUCCAGCACAGUAUACCUUGAGAAGACACAGAAAUACCACAGUUUUGUACAAAUCCAUGUUAAACUGAAUUUUCAGAUCCAUUUUCUUGGUGAAUAAAUUUGGCUGUUGCAAUGUA